GCUCAGGGGCUCGCUGGUGUCCAGCGCCUCUCCUCUGGCAGCCAGAGCCGUAUUGCAGUUCUCGCUGCUUUUUUUACUCGGUGGAGCUCUGUUGUAGGUAGCCUCUGGAAAUAUGAUGCCGCCCACGAGCCGACUCGAGAGGAGAGAGGUCCCCUGGUGCACGCUGUGCCUGGUCACCGCGUGCGUUACCUGCCACACCCUGGUGCUGGUGGGCAACAUCGACACCUCGUCGGCGCUCACGACCGUCGGUCAGUCCACCUCGGGCUGGUCAGCCGUGGGCGUGGGGCUCGCGACGGCCAUGGAGGACGAGCUCGAGGCGCUCAUGACCAACUGCUCCGACCAGAUGGUCGACGUCCUGGAGCAGAUUGUCGUGGUGCAAGAGAUGAUGGAUUACGUCCUCGCCUUGGUGGGGAACUCUACAGACGAGGCGAUUAACGCGUCCGGCGCGGUGGCCCUUUUGCAGACCAUGGGCACGGCCCAAAAAGACACCAAUGUCACGGAGUUGGCAGAGAGCCUGAAGCCUAUCAUUAUGUCGACGCUAGACGGCAUUCUGGAUAAAGCGAUGGACUACUUGUCGGGAGUAAUGUACGACCUGCUAGAUGUGAUCAAGCCGGCUCUGGAACAGGUGGGCGAAUGGAUAACAAAGUUUUCCGACCGGAUCAUCGAGCUGUUGGAGGAUUUCAGCACCACUAUCGACAAGGUGCAGAAGAUAUUUGACAAUCUAAUGUCGCAGCUUUCUACCAGCGGGGGCGACAAUGCAGAGGCAAUGCUAAAUCAGGUGAUCUCACUUUUCGACGUGGACGGCGAUUCGUGCGUCUCUUUGGACGACAUCGAGGAGGUGGCAGACAUCUACUCCAUCACCGCCCUCCAGGGCGACAAGCCGGCGGAACUGUUCCCGACCUACGACACGGACGGCGACGGCUGCCUGGACUGGGACGAGCUGCUGCUGUUCACCGAGGACGACGACAUCCCGAACGCGAUGUCGGUGAUCCUCCGAGCCUAUGCCAAGAAGCUGUCCAUCGUUGCCGGCGAGGUUGCCGGAGCAACCAUGCGCAUCGACGUUGCCGACGCUGUGGUGGAGUACUUGGAGCUCGUGUGCGCGAAGAAUAUCACGAAGCUGUAUUGGGUCAGCGAUGCAAUCAGCAACCAGAGCCUGCCCUUGGACUUCACCUCCGCCGUCAUGGCCUCGCUGUGCCUGGCAGAGGACGAUCCGAACUUGUUGACUGACAUGGACGUGGGCAGCACUGUCAUCGACGCGAUGUACCAGCUGAAUUCUCCGUACUUGUACGUCGCCCUUGACAACAUGGCGGACACAGACUUCUGGGUCUCGAACGGCUACAGCAUCUACGACCUCGCGAGGUGCACGACGACAGUCACGGAGUGGGUGCUGAACGCAUCGCUUGCGUACGACAGCACGGACCAGAACGAUGAGGAGUCGUACGACAACGAGAGCUCUAACGAGAGUUCACCUGCUCGUGGGCUUGGUCUGGCGCAGAUGGGACGCGCUCAGCGGAGAGCGCUGACGCGUGCUGGCGUAAAACAGCAGGCGGAGCUGCGGGUGCAGGGAUAUCACGCCAGGAAGCGAGAGGAGCGCUCCGCCAAGCGGGAGGCCAUGUUUAGCUCCAAGACCUCCCAGCGCUUGCUCGGCCGCCUCCUCGGAGGGGUCGCCGCUAGUGACUCCACCAACCCCAACGCCGACUCCCUGAUCAAUGGCGGACAGCCCGCAUAUCCCGAGACAUUGCUCUUCGCCGCAUGGCUCAGUUCCAACGCCUCCGCCUCAGCGGACAGAUUCCAGUCGAUGUGCUUCGAGUACUCGCAGACCUCCAGCAGUACAUUGGACUCCUUCGCCACCGAGAUCCAAGGCCUCAUCAAGGAGGUAGUGAGCAUGAUCACGAUACUGGAGACGUGGGCGAGUGACUCAGGCAUCGCACGCAUCGAGGAGAUGGUCGACGAUUUCGCCACGACCGCCAUGGAGGAUGUGAAAUCCCUUGUGCUGAGCACAAUCUCGGACCUGAUCGACACCUACCUCCCAGAUCUGGCCGAGGGCGUGGUUGAAGCCGUGGACAGCGCCUCCGAGUCGAUCGGCACUGACGUCGCGGACUUCUUGGGGGGAUACCUGGAGUCGGGCCUGAUCGAGCCCGUUGCCGAGAUUGCCGGCGACCUGCUGGGGAACGACACGUGGGGCGAGGAGGUCGCCGAAACAGUCGUUGAGUCGCUGGGGGAUACCCUAGAGGACGCGCUGGGCUCCUACAUCGGCGACCAGCUGAAGGAUGUGCUGGAGGAGCUGGUGGUGGACGCCGUGUCGGAGUACUCCAGCAGCUCCGAGAGCGUGACGGGCAAGAGGAAGCCCCUGAAGCUGCUCCAGGCCGGUGAGCGGCGCGCCCCGGAGGAGCUCCGACGCCACCUCUCGGCGGCCCGGGCGGAGGCCUCCGCCCAGCAGCCGGCGCUGCUGCAGCUGCCCGAGGCCACCUGCGCGGGCCGGCAGGGCGCCGUCGCCCAGUGCGAGCGGCGCCACGCCCGGCGGCAGAGGGCCGCGCUGGCGCAGCAGGCCCACGCGGAGAAGCGGGGCGCCAAGCGGCGCGCCACCGAGGAGCUGCUGGAGCGCACGAGGGGCGGCCAGUUCGGAGACCUCGUGCGCUUCCACUCGGAGCGCGGGGGCAGCGCGGGCGGCCACGCGGGGCACGCCCGCAGCGGUUCUGCGCACCACGCGCAGAGCGGCCACCACAGCAGCAGCCAUGCAGGCCGCGCGCACGCGCGCACCACCAGCAGGCGCGGUGGCGCCGCCGCCGCCGCGGGCGUCGAUAUCUCGGACGCAUGGACGACGGCCGCGGAGACGCUGGCGACGCUGAUAGACGUGGUGCCCACUGGCACGGACACCAUGACUUUGGCAAGGGACGCUGUGGGCGCUGCGGCUGAGUGCCUGGCGUCCGUGUUCUCUACGUUCGCAGACGAGGGCGAGGAGCUCUUUGACGAGAUCGCCUUCUAUUGGACGCUCCUUUGGUCCCUCUACUUCGGGAUUAUGGCCCCGAUGACGAUGGUCAUUCUCUUCUACGGCUUCUGGGCCGGGGGGUAUUUCGGCGGCCCUCAGCCGUCAGUGGAGGAGGAGUAUGUUCCGCCCAGGACCGUGCGCGACCGUGUCGGGGUCUGCGCAAGCACGUGCGGUCUGUGCUGUCAGAAAUGCCACGACUCCAAAAUGGCUUUCUGGUCGUUGAUGAUCGUGAUGCAGCUGGUCAUCCUGAUCAUCUUCCUGAUCUCCAUCAUCCUGUGCAUCCUCGCAGGCGUCAAGACAUUCAUCAUCGAAGGUUGUACCGAGAUAUAUGUACUCAACGACUCUGAAACAUGCUUAGUCAUUGUCACGCUCCUCAAAGACUUCCUGUCGACCUUCUACGUCUCAGACAUAAACGAGAGUCUGGACGAUAUCUGCGACAACAACAAGUUGCUCACCUGCGACCUCAUCGAGGAGAAGAUGAUCUACUCGACUAUCUUUACCACGGUCUUCAGCUUCGCAGCGGUGAUCUUGGGGCUGCAGCUGUGCAUCGAGUCGGCAUGCCUCCACGAGAAGGUCCGCUUCCGGAGGGCGCUGGCGGAGGCCAAGAUGGAGGCGGACUUCGAGGAGACGCGGCGGAAUGCGGCGCUGACGAGCUGAGGGCGCACGCAGGAUGGAGGACGAUAUGGAGGGAUGGGGGUG